AUGGCUCUCGUCGACUUGCCACCCGAGCUGCUCUUGCGUGUAGCAACCUUUCUCACCACCUCUGAACUUGGCCAUUUCAGACUCACUUCUAAACACAUCGAAGAAGUAAUAUUUGACAGCUUCGCUCGCGAGUUCUUCACAAAAAAGCAAUUCAUGCUGGAACAACCCAGUCUCAAAGCUCUGAUCGACAUCUCCAACCAUCCAACUCUUGCCUCUCGUCUCUCUGAGGUCGUCAUCAGUACUCAUGUCCUUCCUCCGGAUCCAGAAAUUGUCACUUCGACUGGAAAGGCCAUGUACGACGCUGGCUACGUCAGUCACGACGUCCUCAUGGCUACCGGUCAAGCUCUCUACAUGUUGUCGACUGCCUUCUCCAAUCUGCCGAACCUGCGUACUGUGGGCUUACGAGAUUACAACGGUUUGGGCCGUUACCGUGACGGACCAUGGGCUACUUGGAAAAGCUGGGGUUGGUCUUUUGGCUGGGAUGGUCUAGCUACUUACGACUCAAACGACAGAAUCGGCCAGCGAGCACUCAUGAUCAUGCCACCAGAACCUAUCCUACCUCUGCUGUUCUAUGCUCUGGGCCACGCCAAAGUCUUGCCAGAAAGCAUUCACGUCUUUCUGCGCAAGCGCGCAAAACUUACCCAGCAGUCCUUCAACAUCCUUGAUGGUUACCUGGGCGAGAAGAUUGGACCUGUACUGGGUAAUAUGAAGGACUUGAUGUUGGCUAUCGGAAGCGAAAGAACAGGCUAUUCUUCUCUUAUAACUGCUCUACCGACGAAACCUGGGAUUUCCACCAAUGCUCCUCUAUCACGCCUGCUGCAAUGCACGCCCAAGCUUGAGACUUUACGCCUGAACUUCGAACAGGGCCAGCCGGCUUACUCUGGUUUUCUGAACUGGCUCGGAUCCUCAGCUUGUAAUACACAAAUCCUCUCUUCAGGCCCAGUUGCCGGGCCCGUGUCCUUGCCUCGAUUGACUGCUCUCGAGCUGGGCAUGGUCACCGUAUCGAGUGCGGCUCUGUUCAAUGUCCUCACCAAAUUCAACUUGGUGUCUUUCAGCCUGUGGAAAGUCCAGCUUCACGCUUCAUCAGCCAGCGAGCCAGAGGAUUGUUGGCAAGCACUGCUCCAGGAUCUUACGGCUGCUCUACGCGACAAUACAUGUCUCAAAUCCGUACUAAUUGGGUAUCCAUCGCAGCUGCAUUGCGGCAGAAGCGACAUAGAACAAAUCUGCUACUUCAAGCCUGUCGGAGCUGGCGAUGAAGAUACUUCUGGGAUGAAGUCAGAAGCAAAACAUCACGCAGGACCAGGUACAAUGAUGGGUGACUGGUUGGACGAGCUAUCCAAGCGUACGUAUGUCCCACCCGUAGACGACGAUUCAGAUUCCGACGGAAGACUCUGGGAUGUAGAUGAAGAACUCGAGGAGAGCGACGACGAUAACGGGGAUGGUGAUGAUCAUGAUGAUAACGACGAAGUUGAUGAAACAGACGAGUGA